AUGGUGACGGUGCGCAGGCCGUGGCCCGCCAUGGCCACAGUGCUGCUGGCCCUGCUCUUCUGCCUGGGGGCGCUGGUCGACGCCUACCCCGCCAAACCCGAGGCUCCCGGCGCACACGCCUCGCCGGAGGAGCUGAAGCGCUACUACCUCUCUCUGCGCCACUUCCUCAACCUGGUCACUCGGCAGAGGUACGGGAAACGUGACAUCUCGGAAGCCCUCCUCUCCAAACUGCUCUUCCCCGAUCCCGAGGACCGGCCCGUCAAGUCGCGGCCAGAAGGCGCCUACCUGUGGUGAAGACCCCCAAGGCCUCCUGAGAGAUACGCUGAUUCACCAACCUCAUUUGCAUGUUUGCUCCUGACCCCGGAACCUGGAUUCCUCUCCCGCUUGCUGCGUCUGGGGAGGGUUCGGGGUGGGGUCCUCAUUCCACUUCUUGGUACCCCCGCCGCUGGGCUGGAGGGCUGUGUGUGGUCCUUCCUUGGUCCCUAAAUAAAGAGCAAAUUUCACUGA